AAAUCUGAAUGACUGAGCAAGGCGAAAGGAGAAUCAAUCAACCACAAUGUGACCCUACAGGCGGAAAAAACAGCACUCCCACAGCGAGCCAUGGGGGAAGGGAAGCACAUGUAACCAAGGCAAUCUUGCACCAUGUACUCAUCCUGGCUUUUUAAGGCACUCUUCUCAUUUUCAUUUGUUUUCUCUGUUCAAGGUAAUAUGUAAGGAUCUAAGAAAAAAAACGUGCUAAAUCGUUAAGAAUCAGAAAAGGGGUCGUAUACUAUAUGGGCUGUAAAAUAAGACUUUUGUCGGAUUGUCAGCAGCAAUUUUUUUAAGUUCUGCUGAUUCAGAAUUAUGGAGUUCCUGAACUGCGAAGGAAGAGUUAAUAGGUUCUGCAAGUGAAGAAAAGUCCCUGUGUGUGCUUGCUUCCUAUAAGAAGUUAAGGCUUUAACCAACUGCUACAUGAACUGCAAACAGUGUCUUAUAUUUCACGUUGUGUGAGGUAAGAAAAUAUCACUGAAACUGGCUUGGAUAGAGAGCCUGUGAAAAUUAAAAGAUAGUGGAGACUGGCCACAUCUAAGCCUUUACUAAUAUUGAAGCUUUCAACAAAAGCUUUUCUGAAGCAGAGAAAUGCAGGAUAUAUAUAAAAUAUAAUAUAAUUGCUUGGACUCCUGGCAUUUCCCCAAAGAGGAGACAUCAAGAUUUAUAUUGAUUCUAAAGCAUGAAAACAUUUUUGAUGACACUUCAGGCAAACUGACAUUUAAAGACCUUUCUAAAAGAACAGGGUGGAGCUCUUGCUUCUUACUGACCUCAUUAUUUUGAGGUGGGGCUAAGAUGAGCAUAACUAGUGACGAAGUUAAUUUCUUGGUGUAUCGCUAUCUCCAGGAAUCAGGUUUCUCCCACUCUGCCUUCACAUUUGGUAUUGAAAGUCACAUAAGCCAGUCCAGCAUCAAUGGGACACUAGUGCCACCUGCUGCCCUCAUUUCUAUUCUGCAGAAAGGUUUACAAUAUGUGGAAGCUGAGAUCAGCAUCAAUGAAGAUGGUACAGUAUUUGAUGGUCGUCCAAUAGAAUCAUUGUCUCUAAUUGAUGCUGUGAUGCCAGAUGUUGUACAAACACGACAACAGGCCUUCAGGGAAAAGUUAGCUCAACUACAAGCUGCUUCGACAGUCACUGCACCUAGUGUGGCGUCAACUGCACCUGCACCUACAUCACAACAGAGUGCACCACAGAACGGAGCAGCCACUGUGAAUGGGGAAGAAAAUGGGGCACAUGCAAUAAAUAACCAUGCAGAAGCUAUGGAAAUUGAAGGGGAUGUAGAAAUUCCUCCAAACAAAGCAACGGUCCUUCGAGGGCAUGAGUCAGAGGUAUUCAUUUGUGCUUGGAAUCCUGUAAGUGAUCUCUUAGCAUCUGGGUCUGGAGACUCAACAGCAAGGAUAUGGAACCUGAUUGAAAACAGCAAUAGCAAUUCAACUCAACUAGUUUUAAGGCACUGUAUACGAGAGGGUGGCCAAGACGUUCCCAGCAAUAAAGACGUAACUUCUUUGGACUGGAAUACUGAUGGCACUCUGUUAGCUACAGGAUCCUAUGACGGCUUUGCAAGAAUUUGGACACAAGAUGGCAAUCUCGCAAGCACUUUAGGACAACACAAAGGUCCCAUCUUUGCACUGAAAUGGAACAAGAAGGGAAACUAUAUAUUGAGUGCUGGCGUAGAUAAGACAACUAUAAUUUGGGAUGCCCACACUGGAGAAGCAAAACAACAGUUCCCCUUUCACUCAGCUCCUGCCCUAGACGUGGAUUGGCAAAACAAUACAACCUUUGCUUCAUGCAGUACAGAUAUGUGCAUUCAUGUUUGCAGACUGGGCUGUGACCGUCCACUAAAAACUUUUCAAGGACAUACAAAUGAAGUGAAUGCAAUUAAAUGGGACCCAUCAGGAAUGCAUUUAGCAUCAUGUUCAGAUGAUAUGACAUUAAAGAUCUGGAGUAUGAAAGAAGAUGUGUGUGUGCAUGACCUACAGGCACACAGUAAAGAAAUCUACACAAUAAAAUGGAGUCCAACUGGUCCAGGCACAAGUAACCCUAACUCCAACAUCAUGUUAGCAAGUGCCUCAUUUGAUUCAACAGUCAGAUUGUGGGACGUGGAAAGAGGCGUUUGCAUCCACACAUUAACCAAGCACCAGGAACCGGUUUACAGUGUAGCGUUUAGCCCUGAUGGCAAAUACCUCGCAAGUGGUUCAUUUGAUAAAUGUGUUCACAUAUGGAACACCCAGAGUGGGUCCCUAGUACACAGCUAUAGAGGAACAGGAGGGAUCUUUGAAGUAUGUUGGAAUGCCAGAGGGGACAAAGUAGGGGCAAGUGCAUCUGAUGGAUCAGUUUGCGUUUUGGAUCUACUGAAGUGAAGCUAUACAUUCUGUAAGAAUGGACCAGCAGCAAAUGUGCACUGUUUGUGACAUGAGAUUCCGAGAACUGUAUGAACUUGACAUAGUCUGAGCGUGCAAGAAAAACAGAACCUCAUACUUAAGGAAAAGAAAUGCCACCCUAGAUCCAUUUCAAAAGAUACUUUAUUGCAAUGACUAGUUUCCGAAUGGACCUAAUUCACUCAGACAAAGCAGGCCAAUGCUCCAGAUAUCUGUAUUUGUUUGUCUAAAAAACUUCUUGCUAUAGCAGAACUGACCUUACCAAAAAGGUUACAGACUCAGAUGGAAAAAAAUAGAGGCUCUAACAAACCAAAAGGGAAAACAUCAUUAUCAUUUUUAUUUUUUUUUCCUUCUAAUCUGGACACUAUGAUUGUUUUCCCAAAUGACCUACAAAGACCAGUUUUUAUCGAUUAAUCAAUUUGACUUUUUAAUGAAUACACUUUCUAUUUUUAGACUACUUUAUUUUUGCUUUGUCCAGUAAUUCAGUGGUUUUCUACUUGCUUGGGAGAAUGCAACAGAGAAGAUUACAGGUUUUCCAGAGAAACGAAUGUUGCUUUUGGCUCAGCUUUGUCCGCAAUUAAUGUGAUGUGCUGGCUAUUAAUGCACUUGAAGGAAUGUUUAACCCAGCUCUUUGCAAACCUAUUUUUUCCAUACUUUAGGUCCUACCUUCAUAUUCUCUACAACUCUGAGCCCCCAUCAAUGCAUAGCAGUGGCUUCUUCGCCUCUCCACAAUUUAGCUUAUAAUGGAACUUUUGUGAAACUGUGUCACAAGCUUUUUAUAAGAUUGCAUCACCAGAAGAGCUUUUUACAAAGGUAUAAAAUAAAAAUUAAGAAGAAAGAUGAACUUUUAAGAGAAAGAACCCACUGUAUUUUUUAAAAGAAGAAUAUUUUUUAUGUUAAAAAAAUUAAUUUUAAAAUCAAACAGUAAUUGCAAAUGUUGGGUUUGUCUAAAUCAUGCAAAAAAUAAAAACAGGGCAAAUAAAGAACAA